AUGGAGAAGUUCAUCUUUCUAGCAUUUAUUGAUGUUCUGUUGGCUUCCCUAUUGAUGUUUCAACCCGUCAUCUGUUCUAGCAACUUCACUGAUCAAGAGGCUCUCCUCCACUUCAAAUCGAUGAUGGAAGUCGACCCAACAAACACCAUCAAAGGAGGCAAUUGGACCGUGGAAGCAAAUUUAUGUGAAUGGAUUGGUGUCGUUUGUAGCAACCGCAGGCACAGAGUCAUAGCUUUAGACCUCUCGCACAUGGGCCUCCAAGGAAAGCUCUCUCCCUACCUUGGGAAUCUUUCUCUCCUGGCUUCUCUUGAUCUCCGCAACAAUAGUUUUUAUGGCAUGAUUCUGACAGAAAUUGGCCAUUUACGUCGCCUCAAAAAACUUAUACUCGAAUUGAACCAAUUCGAAGGAAACAUUCCUCCUAUCUUAACCCAGUGUCAAAACCUUGAAGUCAUGUCACUUGCGACAAACAGGCUAACGGGCGGCAUACCAAGAGAAUUUGGCGUUUUCACUAAGUUGCAACAGCUGAAUCUUAGCUCAAAUGACUUACGAGGUCAAAUUCCAAGCUUCCUGGGCAACAUAUCCACAUUGCAAGUCAUUAAAUUGGCCAAUGCCACUCUCACAGGUUCGAUUCCUUCAGCACUUUUCAAUAGAUCGCUCACGUGGGUCAAUUUGAGGGAUAAUUAUCUCUCUGGAAGCCUUCCCUCCGAUCUUUGCUACCGCUGGCCUAACAUUCAGAUUCUUUCACUGCGUCAAAAUCAAUUCAGCGGCCUGCUACCAGAGACGCUACCCCAAUGCAAAGAGCUUAUCAUAUUGUGGUUGUCAUACAAUUGUUUUCAGGGAAGCAUUCCUCGAGAUAUAGGUAGCUUGCAAAAGCUACAAACGCUCUAUAUUUCUGUUAACAACUUGACUGGCACGAUUCCUCGAACCAUCGGUAACUUGUCGAGCUUGCACAAACUAGAAAUAGGAGUUAACCCCAUUGAAGGGGAGAUUCCGAGUGAGAUUGGGAAUUUGGUCGAUCUGCAAUCACUGGUCCUUAGGGAAAAUUUGCUAAUUGGCGAAGUGCCUCAAGAGGUUUUUAAUAUUUCUUCGCUUCGAAUGCUUAAUUUGGUGGACAAUUCCCUCUCCGGAAGCCUUCCCUCAGGUAGUGAUCUAAGCCUUCCGAAUUUGGAAGAACUAUAUCUAGGAAGCAAUGUCUUUGGCGGCAACAUCCCCCUGUAUUUCUUGAAUUUUUCGAACCUAAUCCUUUUCGAUGUCUCGAAAAAUCAACUCAGCGGACCCAUACCUACGGGUUUGGGCAACUUGAAGAACCUUGAAGUCUUUGGUAUUCGGUCUAAUCAGCUAACAGGAGAGACUUACGGUUCGGAGCUCGGUUUUCUCUCUGAAUUAUCUAAUUGUCCAUCGUUAGGUCGUAUUCCCGAGGAAAUAAGUUUCUUGAAGAGAUUGACUUGGCUAGAUUUGGGCAAUAAUGCUCUAGACUGCAACAUCCUAUCAUCGAUAGGAGGACUAGAAAGUUUGCAAAGGUUGUAUCUUGACAACAACCAUCUCGAAGGAUCGAUCCCUGAUGAGAUAUGCAAUUUGACAGGUUUAGGAGAGUUGCUGCUCCAGCAAAACAGGAUAUCGGGAUCAAUCCCAAAUUGCAUUGAAAACCUUAGCAGCCUUCAAAAGUUUCUCAUAAGCUCGAAUAACAUGACAUCGGUUAUACCAUUUAGUUUGUGGGGCCUUCAAGAACUCAUCUUCCUCAAUUUGUCACUCAAUUAUUUCAAUGGAGGACUACCACUUGAAGUAGGGAAGAUGAGAGCUAUAGUGAGCAUCGAUCUUUCUUGGAACCGAUUUACUGGUGCCAUACCAAGUUCCAUCCAGGAGUUUGAGAGCCUUGCUUCUCUCAACUUGUCGAGGAACUCUUUUCAAGGAUCAAUACCGCAAUCAAUCGGCCAUCUCAAAGGGUUGGAUUUCCUCGAUCUCUCCUACAAUGAGUUAUCGGGCAUGAUACCUGAGUCCAUGGAAGGACUUGCAUAUCUGCAAAAUGUGAAUUUGUCCUUUAACAAGCUAUCAGGAGAGAUUCCUAAUGGCGGGCCAUUUGGAAAUUUCUCGGCUCUCUCUUUCAUUGGGAAUGAAGCACUUUGUGGAAAUGAGAUUUUUCAAGUCCCACGUUGCAAGGUAAAUGGAAUGAAAUCAUCAAGGGACAAGCGGCUCCAUAUACUAUACAUUAUUGUGCCGAUUGUAUUAGCUAUACUUCUAGUCCUCAUCAUUUGCUUGUUUAGAAAGCGUGGGAACACUAGUGAAAAAGCUUCAAUUUUGAUGGAGAACUUGCCUAGAAAUGACCACCCAAUGAUAUCAUAUCGGGAUCUUUGCUUGGCUACUAACAACUUCAGCGAGAGCAAUUUGCUCGGAGAAGGAAGCUUUAGCUCUGUAUAUAAAGGGACUCUGGCCAACGGGAUAGACAUCGCGGUCAAAGUACUAAAUCUCUAUAUCGAAGGUGUUUUGAAAAGUUUUGAUGCAGAAUGCGAUGCUUUUCGUAUGAUCCGACACCGCAAUCUCGUCAAGGUGAUCAGCACCUGCACGAAUGCCAAUCUAAGAGCUCGGUGUUGCAAUACGUGCCUUGUGGGAGCUUGGAGAAGUGGCUAUACUCCGACAACCACAACUUGGAUCUCCAUCAACGAGUGA